UUAUUACAAGAUUCGCUCCCGCCGCGACCGCACGUUCAAUAGCUGUCGCCAGUCGACCUCUUUUGUCGUGCGAAGUGCGAACUUAACUUAUUUACAUCGGCUAGUCGGAGCGAUGCAUGGUGCGUUUCGCGCGGUUGUGUCAUUGGCCUCAGCCGAUUAUCGCUAAAUUACGUGUGAAUUACGGACAAUGCUCUGAGAGUUGCGUCAAAACUUUUUUGUGUGAACUUUGCGAGCUCAGACCGUGAUCUCUUAGCGCCAAAUUUUGAACUACUCCUGUGCCAUCGAUCGAGUGAGAAAGUGACUUUUUGAAGAUUUUUCUACAGAACUUUUACACAAAAUAUUGUCGUUUGUAAAUUGAGGCGAUAAACACUUAAAAGUGAUACUUUUUCGUAAAUCACCAAAAUCUGCCGUGAAUUUUUGAAGAGAGUUCUUUAUCAAGAAAAUAGAUCUGCUGAUUCAUGCAAAUAUUGACCAGAUCUUGAAUCACACAUUCAAGUGGACACAUAUCAUUUAUGCAUACAAAACAAACGGCGAUCUAUCCACGAUUCCUCCGUAGAAAAAGACACUACGCCCGACAAAGAUGGCUAUAGCGUUCAACUUACCGAGUGAAAGAGAGGCGACAGAGGAGAACUUCUCUAGACUAAACAGGCUUCUGGCUGAGCUUUAUGAUGUUCUGUGCCACAUCCUGGUGUCUCGACAGCCCGGGCAAGAGACUCUGGCCCAGGACACGCGUCGAGAUGCUGUCCGACCUUACCACUCCGAGUCCGACAUCGACCGUCCAGCCAUCGAGCCCCAAUGCCGUCUCUCCGCCUCAUCCCCCCCACUCUCCCUGACCUUCGACGACCUGGAGGACGAUGUGUUCAUCAGUCCCCGGACAGAUAACGGCAACGAUCUCUUCGCCACUAGAAAUGUCGAGAUAUUCGGAUAUGGGAGUCCGAGGACGCCUGCGGGGGUGCUGUUGAGCCCACGGAGGGACAGGACGUUCACGUUUCCUGAGACGAGCGAGAAGCAUUGGAGGGAUAAGGGGGGGACGGAUAUGGCUGACGGAGUGGGAGACACUGAUGUGACAGACGCAGUAUCACCUGCAGAAUCGUCUCCGGACAACUCGUCCGACAGCUCGUUGUUCUCGUCAAUACUGCCGGACAAGCUGUCUGCGGGUUCUAUCUGCACAGCAGUGCUCCUAAUGCUCGGUUGGAAGUUUUUAAGUAAACGAUGAAAUCACAUACUCGCGAAAUUUGCACCGCCAUCUAGCGUGCAAUGAGUAGUGCCAACUACUCCUGUGUCACGCUUGUUAAUUUUGUAUACAUUUUAUGUCUAUCGGUUAUUUUAUAAAUAGCCUUUUUACUAUGAUAGACACAUGAACAGUUGUUGUAUAAACUGUAUUUGUAUAUUAAACUUACGCACUUUUUGACAUGUUUUUGUACAUGAAUAUUCUGAACUUGUUACGUAAUUUUUGUAGAUUUGGACUUACUAUUCUCCUUAUGUAUUGAGAUUAUUUAUAAAGAUUGAACGGCAAUGCGGGAAAAAUAACUAGAACUUUGAGGGAAAGUGAGGCAUCCGAAAAGUGAAUUUCAUAAUAAUUAAUCUACUUACUCAAUAUGGUUAUUUUUUAUAAAUUGUAGUGCAAAAAUAAAACAAAUUUUACCAACUAAAUAAAUUAUUCACUUGUCAAUUUUACAUUCCGCUUUCGGUGUUGAAGUAUAAUCCAUAGUUAUUAUCUGAACUGAACAUGUAGGAAUACUUAUCUCUAUUUAUCUUAAUUACUAUUUAGAAAUUUCUUCGAAGGGUGGACCACAUAUGUUCUAUAUUAUACAAAAAUAGAUUUUAUUUUAGUAUGAAAAUAAAGUCCGUUUUCCCAGAAAUUGUUCCAAAGAGAGCAGCCUAAAAAUUAUCAUCGAUUGAUCUCAUUUUAUUAUUUUUGUAAUAAAAAUGUUUAUUUUAGAAUAGCGCUAGCGUAUUUAUAUGUAAAGAGGGAGUAGAGAGUGCCAAGUUAUGUAAAAUGAAAAUUUUAUCAGAGAAGGUCUAUUUUAAUAAUAUUUCUUGUAUAAAAGUUAAUUUUAGAAUUAAUAUGCUCUGACAUUUCUGUUAAACUCAAAACUUGAAAUUAAUUAUUCUAUGCCCAAAAUUUCUCGUCUGAGUAAAUAAUUUAUUGAAUUAAAUUGGAGCUUUUAUAAUUAAUCAAUGGAGUGUUAAAGAAAUGAAAGGGUCUUGUACGAUAAUUAUGUAGUUUAUAUUCGACUUUAAUUCGUACCUUAGUAUUAUGCUAGAUUUUUAUUCGUUGUAUCCAUGAUGUUGUAAAAAGCGUUUUGU